AUGAGCAAAGAAAGAUACACAAAAUACAUUCCAAAAUUACAUGAAAAAAUUAUGAAAAUAAUCAUAACUGAUAACAAAAAUUUAAAUCUAGAUCUGAAAAAUAUAAUUAAAAGUGAUUUGCUAGCCAUGAUUAAAGAAAUUAAUAGAUUACAAAAAUAUAUUGAAGAAAAUACAGAUCAAGAAUAUAAAAGGAUUAUCACUAAAAUUUGCAAUGCAUUAAAAAUAGAAUUAGAUGAAAGUUCAAAAAGAAAUUUGAAUAAUAUUUUAAGAUUUUUAAAACAACUUCCAAAAAAAAAAUCGAAGAAAAUACAGAUCAGGAAUAUAUUAAGAUUAUCACUAAAAUUUGCAACAGUUAAAAAUAGAGUUGGGUGA